CGACAUCAACUUUUCUUGUCAAACCAAAAAGAAGAAAAAAUUAACUUUGUUGGUUUAUUGCUUAAAAGUCACGGGUGAAACACCCUUUUUUAAUGCCAUUUAUUGACAAAACAUUUAAUUCGAUAAAAUAAUAUUUCACAAUCAUAAUUGGAAGAGUAAAUUCCAUAAUACUGUGCACUUAAAUUCCUAAACGAAAAAGAAAAAUUCAUCAAAAUGACAGAGCGUGGAAAUCGAGGGGUUAACCGUGUUCUUGCCAAAUUGGAUUCAUCCAUUGAGUCUGGGCACUUUUACGAAGCCCAUCAAAUGUAUAGAACCUUAUACUUCAGAUAUACGGCUCAGAAAAAAUACGAGGAAUGUUUAAAUCUGCUCUAUGAAGGUGCCCUCAAAUUAUUGGACAAGCAACAACAUACAAGUGGCGCUGAUUUGUCACUCCUGGUGAUUGAUACUCUGGAAAAGCGGGGACAAUGUGAGGAUUUGUAUUCAUGGAUUAACCGUUUGGGUAUACUUAUCAAGCAUAUUAGCGCUACGACAGUGGAGAGGGAAACGUUAAUAUGUCGUGCAAUCAAAUGGACUGGUGAAAUAUCGAAGAAUAAUCUAGGUCAUCCGGCAAUGCACAGAAAAAUCGCCCAAACUAUGUGGGCCGAAGGCAAUACAGAACAAGCACGUCACCAUUACCUUCUAUCACGUGACGGACUUAACUGCGGGCAUAUGUUAGUUAAAUUAAGCGAACAAAAAGGAUUCGACAACGAGUUAGAUUUAUUUAUCUGUCAAGUAGUUUUGCAGCAAUUAAGUGUGCUGAAAGACAAAGAUACCGCUUUAUUAACAUUCGAAACCUAUACUAAGUAUCAUCCGAAAAUAGCGCGUACCGAACCAGCGUUUAAAUUGCCCCUGCUUAACUUUACAUAUUUCCUUUUGAAAACAAUCGAUACGGGCCGAUCGAGCAUGUAUAAGGUGUUAAUUGAACUUUAUAGACCCUCGUUGUUGCGGGAUCCAUCGUUUUUUAAAUAUCUUAAUAAAAUCGGAAUGUUUUUCUUUGGCGAAGCACCACCGCCGUCACCACCGCAAAGCGGUAUGAUGGGUGGUCUUUUUGGUGAUUUGUUUACUCGGUUAUUUCAAGGAUUUGAAGAGGGCGACGAAGAGCCCAGCAGCGUUGCACAAAACAACGAAUUGGAUUAGCAGGCGAAUUAUUAUGUAAUUUUUUUUUAAAUAAAAUUGCUGGCAAACGGUAAUGAGGAAAUAUAAUUUAUUUUUAAUUUUAUCAUGGAACUACGAAAAUAAAUGAAAACAAUUUGAUUUAACACGUACAGUUAAUAUUUUGAAAUUGAUAUAUUUUCAAUUAUGUAUAUGUAUAAAUAAAUGCUACAAAGAAGAGCGUAAGAACUA